AUGAUACCCACCUUGGUCCUGAACAUACCAAUACCCCGGCCAUCAUACUCUCAGGCCAGGGAAAAUCUGGUGAAGGCUAUCCCAUCCAAGCUCCUUUGUCUGCUGGCCUGUGGAGGACUAGACUGUCGCUAUGAAGGACCAGAGUGUUGGAAACAAAAUCAGCAGGUCAUCCGAGGUGUUUACUCCUUUUGGUUGAACAUCAAGUCAAUCAUCAACAUGCAGCUGCCAGGGGAGCAUGCUCACUGUGGACCACUGCUGGACCUUCAAAGUGGUUUCACCUACUCACCACAGACCUUCAUGGAGAAUGACAGUGGAGAGCCUUCAUCACUGAUUGGAUGCACCUGUGGAGGUAACCACGUGCAGAGGGACAGACGGGUGCAGCAUCACUUUGGUUUGAGAGUGGAGAGUCUGAACACGUCUCCCAGUGAGCGUGUCCCAGUAGAACAGAGGGACACCCGUCACCCCGACUGAAGCUCCAAUUAGACCUGAUCGAUGCUGAGAGCCUCGCUCGCCAUGACUCACCGCCGGCUGCACAAACAGUCGAUCAGCGUUUCCCGACUGAUCAACAGUCAGCCGUCCUGUACAGCCCACAGCAGGAACAUGAAGCACUGACACAGGUACACUGACGGCAAACUGCACGCCGGUCAAGAAGCUCCUCGUAGUGCGACGUCCUCUGCAAAAUGUGGUUGUCAUGGUGAUGGGGUUAUAAGGGUGAGAUAACUUGGGAGGAUGAGGAAGAGCAGAGGGUUCAACUGGCUGUUUGGUGUCAGCAGUUUGUUCUCUGUGAUUGAUUACCAUCCAUCCAGCUGUGAUUGGGCGAGAGGCGGGGUUACACCCUGGACUGUUCUCCAGCCAAUCACAGGGCUGACAUAUAGAGACAGACAACCAGACACACUUGACUCCUGCUUUACUUUUCCAAUAAUAGAACUGCCUAAUUUAACAUUUAAAGCUUGACCAUCUCGUCAGUGUGUUCAGUCUCUUUCCUUUCAUUGGCUGAAAUAAACUGACUUGUAAACGUGUUUUUAAAGGAAGAAUAAUCGACAUGUUCCACAUAAAUAAAUCAUAAAGUCU